UGCUGCUGCUGCUGCUGCUAUUACAAUCGACGCUAAGGAUACUAUCAUCACGUUAAAUAAGAGCAUCCAGUGUUCAACUCGACAGCGGUGUCUACGUACGCAUGUGUGGAUAGUGUGGAUCGCCAUCCUCUUCACGAAACCGGCAGCCGACUGGAAUGCACUAGAAGAAAAUCGAAGCCUAACUGUCCAAGUGGACUGGCGGCUCGAAGAGGACUGCCUCCGAUUGAAGAAAUUUGUUCCGUGCGGCAAUCGUUCAAAGUGCUCUGUGCAGAAGGAAUCCAGUGUCUUCUCGGAACAACGGAGUAUCGAGCUCGAUCGUCGUCGACGCUUGAUGCUGGCUGCUGAAGUGAUUCGCAUGGCUUCGAACAGCCGUAGCAGUGUUGGCAGCCUAAUCAAAUAAAGUCCUGAAUGUGGAUUGAGGAUGCCGAAGCGGCGGAGUUUGCCUUUACCCAACGGAUGGGACGUGGGCCGCGACUUCGAGGGCAGAACCUACUUCAUUGACCACGUCAAUCGAGCGACGACAUGGGUCGAUCCCCGAGACCGAUUGACCAAGCCGCAAUCGUUCGCGGAUUGCAUCGGUGAUGAACUUCCUUUCGGAUGGGACCAGCGUUACGAUCCACGAAUCGGUGUCUACUUCGUCGACCACAAUGCUCAGCGAAACCAGAUCGAGGACCCCAGGUUACAAUGGAGACAGCUACAGGAGGCUAUGCUGAAAGAAUAUCUGCUGACAGCGCAGGAAGAUGUUGCCGCGAAGAAAGAAAUGAUGGAAAUCAAGAAUCAUAGACUGGCGAUAGCACAAGACGAAUACCUAUUCCUCAGUUCGCGACUGACGAACAUGCUCGAGGCGGCUUCAUCCACAAAUCUGGCGGCGUCGAGUUGCACGUCUCUCAACUCGGUCGCGUCGAACGCGUCGAGUCUCACCAAGUACGACCCGGACCUGCUGAAAGCCGACGUCAGCCUGGCUCAACAACGGGUUAAUCGACUCAGGAGCGAGCUAGAACAAAUCCGGAGCGACCUGACGCAUCAAGAACAGGGUCUUGAGGUGCUGACGAAUAUCGACGAAGGUCUCGUCAAUAGCGGCAACGUAUACACAAGCGACGAGGCCAGGCUGAUUGUCGAAGAGCUGGUCAACAUACAGAAGAGUCUUUCUAGUGGAGAGAAGGAAAAAGAGGAGCUCAUGCACAAUCUGUCAAAAAUCAAAGACGAACUACUGAGGAUUUCGCAAUCGAGCACGAGCGUCGACGACCGUUUCAGCAGCGUCGAGUCGCAGACAGAACUGAGCGGCGAGGAGCCUUCGCUCGGAGCUCGGCUUGCGGAAAUGGCGAUGAUGAGGUUGAAUUACGACGCUGCCCGACGGGAGGUCAAUCGGAUUCAAAGAGAAAUCGCAGAACUCGAGAAUCAGAUGGCUCCAGGGAAAACGGAAAGCGAUCAUGACAGAUUGUUGCUGAUCCAAGAGAAAGAGCAACUCUUGAGAGAGCUGAAGUCUUGCAGCAACAGCCGCAGACGGGACGAGAACGAAACCGAGAUCAAGAGACUCACGACUGAGCUCGGUUGGGCGAUCGAGAGUUCGAAUCGGGCGAUUUCGGACCGAUUGAAGAUGCACGAGAAGAAGACCAAGCUGUUGCAAGAGCUUAGCGACGCUAUGAGGCACGCAGCGGCUCUCGAAGAUCGUCUCAAGUCGUUAUCAGCAUCAACGCUCUCAAUGAGCUCUAGCUCGAGCAUCGGCUCCCUGUCGAGCAAGGAAGGCUCCGGCUCGAACUUGAGUUUCACGGAUAUCUACGGAUUGCCGUACGCGAACGAGAGUAUCGCGACGAGUCUUCAGGAUCUCCAUCGCAGAGUGAUGACCGUCGAUAGCGUCACAACGAAGCUCAACGAGGUCAAGCUCAGGGAGCAUCUCACGCCAAUCAUCGAGACCCCCCGGGGCUUCGUGAGCUCAGCCGUUUCUGAUGAGUCAUUCGCAGGUGAUUCCGGGGUUUUCGACGCGAACAACAACGGAACGCCCGACUCCGAGUAUCAAUCCACUAGCGUGGACACGCCCCAGAUUCAAGUGAAGCUGAAAUUCUCGGUCGAAGACGAGAUCCUCCUCGUAGGAAUCGAGAAAGCCCACAACCUAGCGGCGCUGGGCAUCCCGGCGGGUUUCCGGGUGUUCAUCAAAGUCGCCUUGUACCCGUGCUCCGAGGACACUUGCCUCACGUAUAAAACCGACCUCAUCCGUGAUCUCGUGAAGCCGGCGAGCAUCGGGGAGAUAUUCCGAUUCCCCGUAACGUUGAAACGAAUCCAAACGCAGACUGUCCAGGUCAACAUUUGGGGCAUCGGACCUUUGAGUCAGGAGGAGUGUCUCGGGUGUGCUCAAGUAUCUCUGGCCGACUUUAACCCUGCGAGCUCGAGCACCAAGUGGUACAACGUGUUGAGUUUCCGCUUCUUGUCGCAAACCGCGGGACAGCCCGUGGUCGAGAUGGUGGAAAGCUCGGAUGAGAGUACUGUCAUAUCGUCCCAGACGUCGACCCUGACUCGCGUCGAGGAGCAACCGAACAAGACGAUUAUCGAAAUAACGGUCGUUCCUGAAGUGAGAUCCGCCGCAACGAACACCGACGUCGGAUAUCUCUCAGCUCUGAAGAAGUCCCAGAUUUCCAACACCCCGGACUCGUUGUUCAUACAGGCCCUGAAACGGUCCCAGACUUUCACGAUCAACCGGAACCGCAUCAUGUGCCGUCUCAAUCGAAGUGAUUCGGACAGCGCGAUGCCUCUGUACAGUAAGAAAACGCCGGUGUUCCAACGCAACACCGCUGAACGACGUAGCCAACGGUGGAGGAAGAUCUCGAAAGUUUCGCCUGAGGACAAGAAGAUGCCAGCCGACGCUUCACGAACGUCGAUCGACCUCGCUCUCGACCUUCAGGCCUCCAAAGUUCGUCUGAGCCAUCUGAGGGAGGAGCUCUCGAAGCUCAAGUAUCUAACGACGGUUCUCGAGGAUUCCCGUCAGAACGGAACCGUUCCCGAAUGGCUACAAGAGGAGAAGAUGCAGCGCUUGUUAGAACACGAUCAAAACUCGAAACUGGUCCAAAAAACCUCACGAGACAUCUAUCGCCUGCGCAGAAGCAUUAGCGGAACUGAGCCCGCCAACUUGGCAAUCUUCAAAGAGAAGAUGGCUUUCUUCACACGGCCAUCCGCCAGCGCGCUCCCAAACGUAAUCGCGGGUCCGACCGUCAAGUCAGAUGAGCCCCAGACUCGAUACGAGUACACCAUCGAUCCGGUCUACGGGGUCCAGGUCUGA